CAGUCCACACAGGUAUGGCUCUUUACAUCUGCUUCUGCACUUCAUCCCUUCCGACGAGAACACCCAAUCACCCACUGGACCAUCUUUGCUCAUGAUAAUUCGCAAACCGUUCCAUUUCCUUGUGAAAUCUAGCGAGUAUUAUUUUGAUUCAUGAACUCAAGAGUAGUGUGAAUGUUCGCUUGUCGCGAUUUUCUGAUCUGUGUUGUUAUAUUGGAGAAAUUUACUGGUUCAAGUAUUCGUUUCUGAAAAUUUUCUGUGCCGAUUUUACAUACGGAGUAGGUUUUCAUUUCUUCAAAUGUUAGCAUUGGUAUUAGUAUUGCCAUGGAUAAAUCCUGAUCACCGAAAGAAGCAGGAAAUUUGAAGGGAUUUGGACUGGAGUUGUAUUUGAUAAUAGAAUGAAUUAUAUACUUGGAGCUUUUAAGCCAGCAUGCCACAUCGUAAUCACAUUUACUGAUGGAAAGUCACGGAAGCAGGUCCAAUUGAAGAAGGAAAAUGGACAAACAAUUAUGGUUCCACUUUUUCAUAGUCAAGAAAAUAUUGCUGGGAAGAUAUCGAUUGAGCCAAUAUCAGGGAAGAAGCUUGAACACAAUGGGAUCAAAGUUGAGCUGCUUGGUCAAAUAGAAAUAUACUCCGAUAAAGGGAACUUCUAUGACUUUACCUCACUGGUUCGGGAGCUAGAUGUUCCUGGUGAAUUAUAUGAAAGGAAAACUUACCCAUUCGAGUUUUCAACUGUUGAAAUGCCGUAUGAAUCAUACAAUGGGGCAAAUGUUCGUCUAAGGUAUGUUCUCAAAGUGACAAUGAGUCGAAGCUAUGCUGGCAGCAUCCUAGAAUACCAGGACUUUGUGGUGCGCAACUAUCACCCACCUCCACCAAUAAACAAUAGUAUUAAGAUGGAAGUUGGAAUAGAAGAUUGUCUUCAUAUUGAGUUUGAGUACAAUAAGAGCAAGUAUCAUUUGAAAGAUGUUAUUAUUGGCAAAAUAUAUUUCCUUCUUGUGCGUAUCAAGAUUAAAAAUAUGGAUCUUGAGAUCAGACGUAGAGAAUCUACGGGUUCAGGGGUAAAUACACAUGUGGAGACAGAGACCCUUGCAAAGUUUGAGUUGAUGGAUGGUGCUCCUGUAAGAGGGGAAUCAAUACCAAUCAGACUCUUCCUGAGCCCAUAUGAACUGACACCCACAUAUCGAAACACCAACAAUAAGUUCAAUGUGAAGUACUAUUUGAACCUUGUUCUUGUUGACGAAGAAGACCGGCGUUAUUUCAAGCAACAGGAAAUCACAUUGUACCGCCUCGCCGAGUCAUCCUGAUCUUCACCCACACCUUGUUACUUCUCUUGCAUUGCGCGAGAUGGUCAGAUAACUUUCAGUUUCUACAGACAAACUGGGACAAGUAUUACAGAGUACUACAUUGGAUCAUACUAGGGGCACCCCAUGAAUGUUGGGAUGACUUUAGCAUGAGAAGGUUGGUGUAAAAGUUGGGGUGUCUUUAACAGUUUUCUACUAUAUUUAUUGUUUGUGGGAAAAAUCUUAUUGAUUGUUGUUCCAUCACACUUUUCUUUUAUGCUCAUCCAUAAGACCAUAACUAAGAAUCAUGGAAAGAGGAAAGUGUUUGGUGGACUUGAAUUUGACACUAUUA